UAACAUUCGCAUGUGAUGUGAAUGAGCACCUCCUCCGUGGCCGUCCCCGGUGUCUCGGUGUCUCAACACACACACACGACAUUAUCGCGAGGUCAUCUGUCUCUUCCCCUCCCUGCAGUGCAACAUAUCAUUGUGUGGGGUGCGUUUGCUGGCUGUCCCCCACGUUCUCCGUCGUGAUAGAGACGAGUUAUGCUUAACGACUUAGUGGCGAACGGCGAAAGAGGGAGAAUGGGCAAAA